ACAAAAACACUGUCCUGUCACAUGACUCGUGUUUUGACAGUCUCAGCGCUUUUUAAUGUUUUCUCGCUGUGUAUCUGCAGUUCGUCCGCUGUGAAACACGAGCGAGGUGUCCGGUAACAUGUCCCGCUCGGGCACGCAGUCUCGUCAGGUGCGGUGGUGUUUAAUAGUGGCUGUGGUGGCUGUGUGGGUGCAGCAGGUAGAUGGGGUCUGGCCGCUGCCGCAGCAGCUCCAUCAGUCCCCGGACAGAGACCCCCUGAGUCCACGGCUCUUCUCCUUCACUUACGGGAGGGACUCGGCUGCGCAGACCGGAUGCUCCGUCCUGGAUGCCGCUUUCAAAAGAUACUUCUCCAUCAUAUUCCCUGACUUCACGACAGGACCAGAAAAUGUGCUUCAGUACAUGUGGUCGGAGCAUUCACCCUUUGUCGUAUCGGUGAGCGUAAAAACCAGAGGAUGUGACGGCUACCCUGACGAAGAUUCAGAUGAGAGCUAUACACUGAGUGUGUCAGAGGGCCAGGCUGUACUGAGAUCAGUGUCUGUAUGGGGCGCUUUGAGAGGCCUGGAGUCCUUCAGUCAGCUUGUGUACCAGGAUGAUUAUGGCACUUAUUUUAUCAACAAGACAGAGAUUGUAGACUUCCCACGUUUUGCAUUCAGAGGACUUUUACUGGACACUUCAAGGCAUUAUUUACCUCUCCAUGCUAUUCUGAAGACUCUGGAUGCAAUGGCCUACAGUAAAUUGAAUGUCUUUCACUGGCACAUUGUGGAUGAUCCUUCCUUCCCGUAUCAGAGCCGCACUUUUCCUGACCUCAGUAAUAAGGGAGCUUUUCAUCCGUUCACUCACAUCUACACACCGUCAGACGUGAUGAGGGUGAUUGAGCAUGCUAGAAUGAGAGGCAUUCGAGUCGUUCCUGAGUUUGACUCUCCUGGACACACUCAGUCAUGGGGGAAAGGACAGCCAGGUCUCUUGACUCCCUGUUACAAGGGCAGUGUGCCGUCUGGUUCAUUCGGACCUGUCGAUCCAACAGUAGACACUACUUAUAAGUUCAUGGAAAGCCUCUUGAAAGAGGUGAAGUUUGUCUUUCCUGACUCUUAUGUUCAUUUAGGAGGGGAUGAGGUCAGUUUUGCCUGCUGGCAGUCCAAUCCCAAUGUGCGGAAGUUUAUGGAAAAGAUGGGUUUUGGGAAGGAUUUUACUAAACUGGAAUCAUUCUAUAUGGAGAGUAUAAUGAACAUGACCGCCGCUCUCAACAAAACCUCCAUUGUUUGGCAGGACGUGUUUGACUACCAUGAGCGAAUUCCACAGGAUACUGUUCUGGAGAUCUGGAAGGGUGCAAAAUACCAGGCCGAACUGAGCAGGAUGACCCAGGCCGGGCACAGAGUCCUGCUCUCUGCCCCCUGGUACAUCAACCACAUCAGCUACGGCCAGGACUGGCGUGACUCCUACGCAGUGCGGCCGCAGAAUUUCUCCGGCACAGAUGAGCAGAAGAAGUUGGUGAUUGGUGGAGAAGUUGCCAUGUGGGGUGAAUAUGUGGACGCCACCAAUCUGAGCCCACGCCUGUGGCCGAGAGCCUGUGCUGCAGCGGAGAGGUUGUGGAGCAAUGAAGAAAAAACCCUGAACGCCGAUCUGGCCUUCCCACGUCUGAAGGAGUUUCGCUGUGAACUUGUAAGGCGGGGUAUUCUGGCUGAGCCUCUGUUUGUUGGCCAUUGCAGACAUGAGUAUGAUGGCCUGUAAGUUCUCUGAUCAGCCACUAAAUCUGAAGAGCGAUGUGUUUGGGCACUGAGACACUGCUUCGGAAUUUGCUCAAUACUGUAUAUUUUGAUCAGUUUAUUAUUUAUCAUGUAAACUGACUUUUACCAACAAAAAAAAAAAUGAUUUUUUAAUAAAGAUCUAUUCAACAA